GGUUAGAGGUGGGACAGUUGUCCACCUAACUAGCAGAAGAGAGGGCAAAGAAUCAGGCAUGGAGGACCCACAUGGAAGCCAAGGAGGCGGAGUGGGAGAAGAGUCUUCAGGACAUGGCAGCGAUGGUGGAGAGGCUCUCGGCCACUAAGGUGGUCGACUGGACGGAGCAAAGCCGGUAUGGUAUCCAGGGGGAGGAGGUACAGGGGCUCUUUGGCCGGGACGGGACGAUAGAGCCACCUCAGCAAGGAGGAAUGGGGAAGGUAUUCCUGGACCCAAUAGAGGCGGCAGCACGGCGGGAAGCCGAGGAGGGGAGGUUCAGCUUCAGGACGCCCACGGAGUUGGCCUCGCAACAAGCCACCUCUAUGACGAUUGAGAUCCCUGAGGGCGAGCCGGCGCAGGGACCCCAACCUCCAAUGGAGGAAGGGGGCCCCACAGAGGAGUCCUCUACAAUCCUUUUGGAGGUGCAGGAGGGUGCCCUUACGGGAGCAGCAGCAUCCACUGAGCCGGAGGCAGUGGGGGGAGAGGCGUCUCGAUUGGACGAGUUAGUGGCAGCUAUGGAGUUGGCCAUGCCGUCAGGAGAGCCUCAGAGACAGAAGACCCCAGAGCGUGUGCCAGAGACAGGGGAGCUGAGGACGCAGUUAGGCUCUUGGGCUACUGGAGCUGACUUAGGAGAGCACAUCUCAGAGCAGCAGCAGGAAGUUAUGAGCGAGCCAGCGACUGCCGUGACUCCCCAGCCUUCUGACCUGUAUAGGGACGAGGAGACGACUGCGAUGGGAGGAGUCCGCGAGGGUAGGCCACUGAGAUUGGACACUCCGACGUACUGACCCGAUGGAGGCAUUUUGUUCCCAAAUACACCCUACGAGUUGUGUGUUGAGGGUUUGAGUCGAGUGUCGUAUUGAGACUUGAGGGAGAUAUUUUGCUCCCGAGUGUAUCUUUGAUUCCAGACUCUGUGAGACUUAUUCUUGUGACGAUCACAAUCACUCUCACACGUGUGGCUUUAUCCCAAUGAAUAGGGCUUUGUGUG